GGCUAGUCGUUUUAAUAAACUCCUUUUGCAUGGAGGUCCUCUCAACGACCCCUGUUGGUCCGCGAACCCCAGCUUGAGAACCAUGUGGCCUAGACAGUAGUUAGUAAUGUCUCUGCUCCGUUUUAGAUACUCGGCUUUAAGCUUCGUGUCGCGGUGAGCUGGAAUGUCUGGAGCGCCUCCGUGUCAUCAGUGUCUGUCUAACCGGGCGCGGAGCUUUGCGCGCAGCACCAUCUCUGUCUGAAGGACGGGAGGAACCCUGGGGGGCUCCAUCUCCGCCGCUUCUUUUCUGUCACACAUCAAAUGUAAGCUAAAACCUGCCAGUCCGGCCAUGAAGACUGAGCAAAGCUGCGUGGAGACACCGGUCACUCUCCGGGAGGUCAAAGAUCUGCUCCAAAAACCGGCGCACGGACGCGAGGAUGCCCCGGAGAAGCAAGACGAAAGCAAAUACGUCGAUUUAGAGUUUGUGGACGUGAGGACAGGCGGUGCAGAAGAGGAGAAAGACUGUCGCUUUGAGGAAAGAAACCAAAUGUCUGUGUUUAUUAACAACUGCAGCGCCGGGGCUCCGUGCGCAACGGAACCAAACCACGAGUUGGCGAUUAAAACCGAGUUGGAAACUAAGAAGAAAGAGAGUUCUGGACUUGGGAAAUGUGCAGGAGCUGCCGACGAGGAUCCCUCUGAUCCAUCAUCAUCAUCAGUUCCUCCUCGUCUUGACGCAAAGACUGAGGAUUGUCCCAAAUCAGGAGACAAAAGCGAGCGCGCCAUUACGCAGCCAGAGCCGCCAGAAAAAGAAGACAACAAACAAACGGCAAGAGAUGAAGAGUUACACUGCAGCGAUAAUUAUCUGAGCGGGAGGAGUGAGUCUGAUGAUUCUGAGGAGGAUGAUGAUGUUAGUUUGGUGCUUUCUGAUGACUCUGUCCCGUGUGUAACGGAGGACGAGUCCCAUUACAUUACAACGCACGAGAUCCAGCUCUCGGAGCUGUCCGACCAUGAGGGGGACUACGACCUCGGGGUGGGCUCCUCCACCAGCUGGGACAUUGAGGACGACAACCAGGUGUACUCUUUUGUCGAUUACGCGUCUUUUGACGGUGAUGGAGCGACUGGGGAGAGGGGGGACGGCCGCCAGCCUCGCUCUCAGGGCGCAGCAGCAGUCAGCACUCUGCGCGAAAGUGAUCCGUGCGACACAGCCAAGUUCACCAGCUCAGAUGAGAGUGUGUCAAAGCCCCAGCAGCAGCAGUGCAGUGGCAACGGUGGGGGACAGAUCCACCUGUCAAUCAGAACCACUUCUCGAGCUAUAAAUGACCCCAGCAACAUCCAAGAACAGGGAAAUAUUCUUUAUCAUGCCAGGCGCUCCGGAGACAUGAGUCGUUAUGUGUUUAGGGGAGUUGAUGGGAAGGCAGAGACGCUGUGUGACAGGGCGAAGUGUUUCAUAGCCGCGCCCGGACGCUUACACUUUGGCGGCAAAUUGAGGGGGAAAGAGGUCACAGAGUAUUCCAGCGGUGCGUCCAGCGCUGUUAGCGAGCUGGACGACGCUGACAAGGAGGUGCGCAACCUGACAGCCAGGGCCUUCAAGAGUCUAGCGUAUCCUUACUUUGAUGCCAUCAAUUUCAGCACCUCCAGUGAGUCCUCUGCAUCAGAGCAUGGGAUAGGGAUAAACAGGUGGUCCACGUUUGUCGACCUGAAAUAUGGCAACAUGAACAUGUCACAGGGACUGGACCAAAGUGUCGUUUCCCAUCAAAACUCAACGGCCUCAUUUGAAAUAGCCAAAAACAUAGAGAACAGAGGUUAUAAGGGCAUUGCACUGGCAAGCAUCAAACCGCCCACCAACAAGAUCUUCACUCUGAGUGGCAAUCCCCACAGCGCAUCGUCAUCCACAAAGAAAAUCGAGCUGAUGGGGAAAUUCAGUCAGGGCCACAGUGGAGUGAUCAGACUCACAGAGACUCUGAAUUUUCGUUGCAAUGUGAAAUCGGGAAUGUCUGGAGGAGAAAGACGCACCAACUUUGCACAAAACGCUGUAGGAUCACGUUCCACGGAUGAAGUUACCAACAGUUUGCCAAGCGGCCAGAGGAGAGAGGCCAGCAAGCCGCCCUCUAAAACCAUGGAAGACACGCACAAGAAAGCCAUAUUCGCCUCGAGUCUGAUCAAAAAUGUGAUUUCUAAGAAGAUGCAGUUCGAGCAGGAGCGCAAGAUGGAAAGAGGGGAGAUAAGUGAACCGCAUCAGACGCCUUCGCCCUGCUUUGUGCACCACGAGAGCGACGGUCACAAGGGCAAGGGGAGCAGGGAGCUGCACAGACAGAGCUCCAAGUUUUCCGAGAGCAGCUCUGACUACGCCAUAAUGUGCGUGGAUGAAUUAGGGGACAUUGUGGACAGCGGCUCAUGUGAUACCAAGAGCGACUCUCGGAGACAAGACACGGCCGCUCCCGCACCAGAAACUAAUUUGGAGCCGGGAAAUGAGGUUGGAAUCGAUACUAAAAAAGGCGCAUUGGAAGCGUCUAAAAGCACGCUGCUUCGCAGCCAAAAUAGCGCGUUCAGAUGCUGGAAGGACGAGGAGCUAGAGUUUCCAAAGGAUCAUAAAAACGAUAAAACUCCGGAGGAGAAGUCGCUUUCAGCUAACGACAAAGAGGGCGAGGGGGAUCAGUGCUCAGCGAGCAGCGGCAAACUGAUUAAAAUGUCACAUUUGUUUGUGCCAAGUAUCCAACUGCUGUCCAGUGACGGAGAAAUCGGACAGCAGCUGCAGGACAGGAAUUAUUCUCCAUGUGGUGAUGGAGGAGGAAUAAAACUGCGCUCUGACAACACUUUAUACGUCGCAGACUCCAGGAGUGUGACUACAUCUAAGUCUCCGGAAAUUAAAAUUAACUUAAGGAGUGUGCGAGACAAUAAAACGGAGCCUUUUGGCGUCUCCAAGCUGCGCGCUCCUAAUAUAGGCUGUAACGCAGCCAGCCUCAUCAGAACGGACGACUUCAAAUGCCAGGCGCUGACUGCAGCUUUGAAGGGUGAGUCUACAGAUAAAGUGCCGCAUUUCAUGGUUCGAGACAUUAGAGAUAAUAAUAAAGGGAAACUGCAGACCCCCAUUCAUCAAGUGAGAGACGUGCGUAAAUUGGUGAAAAGUUCCUAUCACUUUGUUUCUCUGGAUAACAACGAAAAUAAAUCAAAUUUCGCCUCUGCUGACAGCUAUCCAGAACAAAAGAAGCAAGUACCCUAUCGAAAUCCCAAUUCUGUGUCCCCGAUAGUGAUCAAAUGUCAGUCUGUGAAUACAAAUAAUAACGGAAAACAAUCUGGAAAUCUUGAGUUAUCGAAACGGGAGCUAUUGGAUGUAGACAGAUCGUCUCCAGAGGGCGCUAAAAGUGUUCCACUUCAAUGGGCAGCAGGGAGAGCACCCAUAGGUGCAAAUAAUCCCUCAGAGGAAGGCAUUGGUUUGAAAAUUGAAAGCAGAGUAGCUUCAAGGAAACAGGAUAGAAUACCAGAUACCACAGACAAGAAACCAGAAUCAAAAAUGGCGAAUCAGGUGGCUUUGGAAAAACUCCAGGCUGCUGUGAAAACCAUGGAGCAGCUUUAUGUAUUUGAAAAAAAUGAAUGGAAAAGGAAGAAUGAGCCUCAGCCCCUAACAGACAGCCAUGUGCUCUCACUGUUAGCCAGUGAGGAGCAUGGAGGACCUGAGGAGGACGGAGCCAGGGGGCCCAACGUGGACAAGACAGUCAGAAGAGACUCCUAUCCCAAUACAGACAAGACGCCACCAGCAGUAGAGGCAUCCCCCAGCAGUGAGAGCCUGCUGAGGAGGGAGGACAAAGACCCAUUCAAGGUCCUUCCGACAUCCAGUGGCCGUGAUGACAAGAUGCUUGCUAAGUCAAUGCAAACCACCAGCACCGCAGGCAGCAAAAACAUGUUCAGCCUCAGCUCCAGCCUUAAGGCUUCCACCACUACAAAGGUGACUCAGCCAAGCAUCGCCACACAAACGCCUUUCAGCACCAAAAACUAUGUCCCAAAGUCCCCCAAACUGCCCGUGUCUUUAAAAAUCAGCCAGCCAAGGAUGAGCGGCAAUGAUGAAGCUGAAUCGAGGGAGGUGGACAGAUCCUCACAGGAGUUUUCAGGCACCUUAGCUGACAAUGAGAACUACCUAACCAUUCCCGUCAAGUCUCAUGCCACCAGUGGCAAACAACCCCCAUUUGCUGAUAAAACAUCAGUGUAUACAUCCACCACUCAGUCACACCCAACCACUCCUCCAGGACACUUUGUGUCUGGUGCCAGGGCCCAGGAGGACCACAGCCAGACUCCCAAACGCUCCAGUAUUGUGAUGGAGACAUGCUCAACGGACAUCCCCUCUGCUACCAUCUACCACUCCUUACCGUUGGGCAUGUCCACCAAUCAGCCACAAGUAUACUGCUUCUCCCCAGCUAUCACCCCUGCCCCCACCAUUGACCCCUUCCAGGCCACCCAGAGGAAGAUGCUCCUGGACCCCACCACUGGAAACUACUACCUGGUGGACACUCCUGUGCAACCAGCCACCAAGCGCCUCUUUGACCCAGAGACAGGCCAGUAUGUGGAUGUGCCCAUGCCACAGCCACCCAUGACCCCUGUCCCCAUGCCGAUCUCACCUCUGGCCCUCAGUCCAGGGGCAUACGGACACACCUACAUGAUCUACCCAGGCUUCAUGCCUACACCCUCAGUGAUCCCGGCCCGGACGCUGGUGCAGUCACAGAUGUCCGUGCAGUCAGAUGCGGAAAGUGGAGAGAAAGCUUCGUCGCAGCAGACUGAGGGCAUGUACAUGGAGAGUCCCUUCUACAUGGCCACUGGGAAGUCUCCCCAGGCGGCCUCUGGAGCUCAACAGCAAGCCUCCGCCAACAGGCCGCUGCAGGGCUUCUCCAGCAUAAAGCAGCCGGUCAUCAGCAUCACCUCACAGCAGGGGCCUCGGAUCAUUGCCCCGCCCUCAUUUGAUGGGACCACCAUGAGCUUCGUGGUGGAACACAGAUAAACAGCCCCUCACCUGAACAGGUCUUAAGGAAGGCCUGAUGCCAUGAUGCUUCACUGAAUGUAUCUGGGACUUUGGUGUUUCAGAGCCUUACAUGGAGGCUUGAAGCAGGGUCAAUGCAGACUUUCUGGACAGAGUAAAAGUUGUGAAGGUUAAAGAAAGUAGGACUGUCAUGAAGAAAAGCUGAGGAUGUUUGAGACUUUAAGGAAUGAAGUGGUGAGCAGUGGGGGACUUUAGAUGGAGGAGAGAAAGAAAUGAAAACUUUUAUAAUGUCUUGUCCAAAAUGAAGCUAAUGACUGCUGAUUAUGACUUUAGGUUUUUCAUUUUGAUGUGUUUUGCAAAUUUUUAAAAUCGCGUCACAAAUACUGAAAGAGAUGUUAUAUUAGUUACUGUUUGUAAAUGUGUUUGUGCCUCGUGAAAAUUCAAUAAACAUGAAACCUUUUUGCAAA